CACUUGACCCUCUGAGGAUAAAUGUGGGUUUUCUCUUAAUCAUGUGCAAUAAACUUCAAUCUUCCACUUCGAAGUAUAGAUACACUCAAUAGACGAAGAUUUCCUUUUAACCAUUCUCAUUAGCCAAUAUCUUCACAGUAUACUCUCCAUUGACUGUUGACAUCCACUUAAAGUCUUGGAAAGCUCUAUUGCAUCAUUGUUCGGAGAGAAUACAUAACUCACAGUGCUAGAAUAGUUAAUCUAAUGGGUUUCUCCCCCUUUACCUUAGUCCAAUUUCUCUUCCUUCUCAUCCCCUCCCUUGUUCAUCCCUCCCGUCCGACCAAUGGCAUCAUAACAGACCAAUCAGCUCUUUUAGAAUUCAAGAAAGGAAUUGUUGCUGAUCCACAAAGUUCUCUUAGUAACUGGAACAAGGCGAAUCAUGUCUGUGAGUGGAAAGGUGUAACUUGCAGCACAGAAUCUGGAAGAGUAACUGAGCUUGAUCUCAAAGGUAACUAUCUUCAAGGAACUAUCUCCCCAUUUCUCUCAAACCUUUCUGUCCUCGAGUUACUUGACUUGUCUGAUAAUUCAUUUCAAGGUCCCAUUCCAGUGGAGCUUGGGACUUUGUCUAGGCUAGAGUUACUUAGUAUAGCUGGGAACAGUGUGCGAUAUGAAAUUCCUGAGAGUUUUUCAAUGCUCUCGGAACUUCGUUAUAUCAACUUGAGAAAUAACCGGAUUCAGGGCAAUCUUCCCACCUCUUUAUUCUACAACUGCACUCAACUGAGCUAUAUAGAUCUUUCCAACAAUUCAUUUACUGGUGUCAUUCCUUCAGAAAUCGGAAAUCAUCUCCUUUACUUGGAGAACCUUCUUCUUUAUUUAAACCAACUAUCAGGUUACAUUCCAGUUUCGCUUUCCAAUUCAACACAGAUGGUAGAGAUUGAUCUUGAGAACAAUUUCUUUAAAGGCACAUUACCCUCAAACAUUUUGAUGCAUAUGCCUUCUCUUGAGAUACUUCAUCUUUCUUACAACAAUUUCUCAAGUGAUGAGCAUAAUUCCGAUCUCAGCUACUUCUUUGAUUCAAUUGCAAAUUUGACUCAUCUAAAGGAGCUUGAGCUUGCUGGAAAUCAUCUAGGAGGUGUACUACCUUCAACAUUAGGCCUCCUCAGUGUCAACAUUUCACAAGUAUAUCUCCAAGACAACUUCAUAUAUGGAGCAAUCCCAUCAAAUAUAUCAAACCUUUCAAACUUGAUGGAAUUGAAUCUGUCAGACAAUCUUUUGGAUGGAACAAUUCCCUCGAAAAUUAUUCUCUUACCCAGGUUACAAAGGCUAUGGUUAUCCAACAACCUACUAUGUGGUGAGAUUCCAUCUCCUCCUGGUGUUCUAAAUAAUCUUGGACUGUUAGACUUAUCAAAGAACAAACUUUCUGGUGCAAUUCCUCCAUCUCUGGGAAAUCUGAUUCAGCUCAGGACCCUUGUUCUUCACAGCAAUUUGCUCUCAGGGCCCGUUCCACAAAACCUAGGAAAUAUGAAGUUAGAGCUCCUUGACUUGUCUCACAAUAGGCUAACAGGCAACAUACCAGUAGAAGUUGCAAGCUUGUCCACGAUGGAAAUAUACUUCAAUUUGUCGGAUAAUUUAAUUGGAGGAAUACUUCCAAUGGAGCUAAGCAAUAUGGACAAAGUAUCAGCAAUUGAUCUGUCUUCUAAUCUUUUCAGCGGCAACAUUCCUCCGAACCUGGGUAACUGUGAAGCAGUUGAACUAUUGAAUCUUUCUCACAAUCGGCUUGAAGGACAAAUUCCUGUGUCCUUAGGAAAUCUACUAAGCCUCCAAUCUUUAGAUCUCUCCUCCAAUUUCCUUUCAGGGCUAGUCCCAACCUCACUUCAGAAGUGCAACAGUCUUAAGAAACUUAAUCUCUCAUUCAACAAUUUCAGUGGCGCCCUACCAAAAGGUGGUAUAUUUGAUUCAUUAACAAUUGAAUCAGUUGAAGGAGACCAUCUCUGCGGAUCACUUCCAGGAAUUCCCAUCUGUGAUCAUAGGAAGAGAAGCAUGAUACACUCUCACACAUUCUUGGGCAUUCUAGUAACUGUAGUAUCUGUCUCAGCAUUUUCUCUGACAAUCAUAUCUGCUCUAGGCUACCAGAAAUUCAUCAGAGCUGUAUUACUUCGAACUGAUAGUGGCGUUUUGAAUACAUCUGCAAUUGACCUGUCAACAAGUUACCCAAGAAUAACUUAUAGAGAACUUGUGGAGGCCACAGGAGAAUUCAACCAAAGCAGACUAAUUGGCUCCGGAAGCUUUGGGCAUGUCUACAGAGGGGUAUUGAGCGAUGGAAGUGUAGUUGCAGUAAAAGUUCUUCGGAUACAAUCUGGAAACUCCACAAGAAGUUUUAACAGAGAAUGCCAGAUUCUGAGGAGGAUUCGGCACAGGAAUCUGAUGAGGAUUAUAACAAUCUGUAGCCUUCCUGACUUCAAAGCCUUGGUGCUCCCUUACAUGUCUAAUGGGAGCUUAGAAAGCUAUCUACACCCAGAGGAGUGGCAUUCUGGUUUGCAACUGGGCUUCAUGGAAAGGGUGAACAUUUGCAGUGAUGUCGCUGAAGGGAUGGCCUAUUUACACCAUCAUUCUCCAGUUCAGGUCAUCCACUGUGACCUGAAACCGAGCAACAUUCUCCUUAAUGAUGACAUGACUGCUCUUGUGUCAGACUUUGGUAUUGCUAGACUGGUCAUGACAACAGAUGAAAGAACUAUGACGGCUGAAACUGCAGGCAACUCAAUGGCUAAUCUCCUAUCUGGGUCAAUUGGCUACAUUGCUCCAGAGUAUGGAUAUGGUAGAAGUGCAUCCACAAAAGGAGAUGUCUACAGCUUUGGUAUUCUUGUGCUUGAAAUUGUUACAAGAAAGAGACCUACAGAUGACAUAUUCAAUGAAGGUCUAAGCUUGCAUAGAUGGGUGAAGAACCACUAUCAUGAUCAGCUCAGUAAGGUCGUUGACUCCUCCUUGAUGAAUAACAUCAGGGGUCUGAACCCAGAAAUAAAAAACAUGUGGGAAGUUGCAAUCAUAGAGCUACUUGAUCUAGGACUUCUUUGCACCCAGGAUGCACCUUCAAACAGACCAACAAUGCGAGAUGCUGCUGAUGAUUUAGACAAACUAAAGCAUUACCUUGGAGUUGAUACAACCGCGACAUUUACUUCAGCCCAUGGAGUUUCAUCCUCUACUAUUACAGCAGGUGAUUCUUGGUAGCCUUAAAGUCAUUAUGUACAAUUUUUUUUCAUGAAACUAAGUGGUUAUGUUCGUAAAACUAGUAGCAAACAUAAGAUUUAGAAUAAUGGCUUGCAAAUUUCAUGAUGUCAGAGAGGGAGAAAAAACAUAGAAAGAAUUAGAGGAACUAAAUGUUAAUGUUGUUAUUUUUGUUGGCCCAAAUAAGUUGGCACGUUACAAUGUGGCCCAGCUACCCACUAGAUUUGUCCUAGCCCCCUCUAUUCCUCUCUUCAUACCCGAUGGUACUCAAUCCUCUCUGUCGGCCGCCCUCUCUCCAUUUCGUGUCCUUCGAUGCCUCCGCUUGGAGUCUCAUCUCCUAUCCCUGUAGCACGGCUCCUACCCCUCGAUGCCCUAGCCCAUCCUCCUGUGUCGGCUGCCCCCUUCUCUUAUUUAAGGAGAAGGGUUGGUAGUAGCUCAGUGGUGGGAAGAAGAGGGAAGGAAUAAGAUACCUUAGUCUUUGUGCCCUAGCUUGUGUGCGAUCCCCACCCUUAUCUGAGCUUUGUGCUCCUAUGAGUUUGUGCUACUGUGAGCUUUGUGCUCUCACCCCUUUGUGCGAAUCCCCUUUCCUCUUUGUGAGUGAUUUAAGGUGAGAAGAUCAGUGGGCUCCCCUUUGUGUUCUUGGUGGUGCACUGUGAAGGAAGAACAGGACUGAUUUCAGCAGGCUUCUGAGCCAAACAACAGUGACGACAAUCCUCAACAGUGGUAUCAGAGCAAGGUUGCUGGCUUUAUUUUUCGGGUGACUGGUUCUUUAUUUUCGCUGCGUUUAACUGCUGAAGUUAAUAUCUGCUUGUGCUCGUGUGAAAGAACAAAGAGAUUGAAACAAGAACUUUGUGUUCAUCGUUCUUCUCAUUUGUUCGUUCUAGUUGCUUCACACGUUUCGAGCCGGAUAAUUACCGAAAUUAUCGUGCUAUUUGCUGUUUGUUUUUCUAUGUGAAAAUUGUCUACUGCUAAUCAAUAUAGUAUGAUUCAAUAUGGUAUGACUCCGUUCAACGGAUAAUCUGAUUUUAGCAUUUGGAAACAAAAAUUAAAAUGCAUUUUAAUUCAACAGAAGUCUUUUAGGGCUGUUGGUCAGACUUAUUUAACUUCUGACAAUGAAAAUAAACGGGCGGA